CUUGCUAACGCCGUCGCGUGGGGUACUAGCGCUCAUCGCAGUCUCCUCUUCCCGCCGAGCAGAUUGCGAAUUUUUGCCGAAUUAAUUUCGGUAGAUUUUUGCGCGAUUUGCCGAGUUCAACGGACCGAUAGUCGUCGCGUCGACCCUCAGUUCCGGAAUCUUCAGUUUGCCCCCUCUCCAAAGUUUCAGGGAACGGUUGUGGAUGUCUGUGGCCGAAUUUUGCCGAGCCGAAUUAGUGCAAAAAUUUUAGGCUAGGUUUUUCGAACCCUUAGCUGGGCUCGGAGCAAUUUUUUUGGCAAAAAUCGAGGAUUUCUCGGCAAUAAUCGAGGAUUUCUAAAUUUUGAGUCGGAGUAAUUUGAUGAGGGUACAGUGAAGCGUGGUGCGAAUUGCUCUAGUACAGUGCCCCUUGCGGUUUAACUACAUACAUAAUUUUGCUAUUGACAGUGCGAAGAUAGCACGAACUGUUGGUUCGGCGAAUUUCAUUGAAGAUUAGGUGUGUACCCACGGAUAAUUUUCCUAUUUUUGUGUGGUGUUCGUCUUGUUUGUGAUUCACUCUCGUCAAACUCCAGUACUUGUGGAAUUCUCAUUUGGAAUAAAGUUUUAUGGUGGACUGAAAUUUUAAAUUUUUCGACUGGAUGAAUUUGUUUCCAAUUGUUUUUUAGCGCUCGUUUGAUACAUUUUUAAAAAUCCUAGUGAAAAAGUUUUUAGUGACAUCUUUGUUGAUGAUUUUUACCUCUGUUUACCUCGUGAGGCUCAGAAUUAGUGUGAUAACAAAGUGAUUACUCUAUUCGCAAGAAGCAAUAAGAAAAGCAAUAUUCACGCCAUUAAUACAGAUUUUUCCCAUUUGACCAAAACACUACACAUUUUGAUAGUUGUUCGGAGCUCAAAACGGGUUGUUUCUCUGCAUACUUUUUUGAAGGACAUCCCAGUCUUAAAAUCUUUCCAAUAUCGACCGAUGAGAAACUUUAGGACACUGGAGCUCCGUCGAUUAUCAGCGUUGCCCGACUGGGCAGGCCCAACCCGUCUCGGUGUCGCCCUCCCUCGGAGCCGCUGAAGGAUGCCCGCGACGAAGCUCGCCGCCUCGGUGCCCGACUCCCGGCCGGAGAAGACGAGAGCCAGAACCAAAACCAAGGCCUUGGACAGGGAAACCUUCAAGUAGUCCCCGAUGGGCGCCCUCUCCGACAUGAGCCUCAAUCCCAACAGCUUCAUGCUCGACGCCCCCGGACCGGCCCCCUGGGCGGGGCCCACCGCCGCAGCCGCCCUCCGCAACCUCUCCGCCGCCAACCUCAACGUCACUAGCAAUUUUACCUCAGACGAGUUUUGGAUGGACCCGGAGGACGUGGAGGACUGGGCGAGCGUGGUGCUGUGGGUGCUGCGGACGAUGGUGAUGGCGACGAUCAUCCUGGCGGCCAUCUUCGGGAACCUCCUCGUCAUCGUGAGUGUGAUGCGGCACCGGAAGCUCCGGGUCAUCACCAACUACUUCGUCGUGAGCCUGGCCCUCGCCGACAUGCUCGUCGCCAUGGUCGCCAUGACCUUCAACAUGAGCGUCCAGGUCACCGGCAAGUGGCUCUUCGGCGCCUUCAUCUGCGACGUCUGGAACGCCCUCGACGUCUACUUCUCCACCGCCUCCAUUAUCCAUCUCUGUUGUAUCUCGGUCGAUAGGUACUACGCCAUUGUAAAGCCACUCAAGUACCCGAUCAAGAUGACGAAACGGAAAGUGGCCAUCAUGCUCUUGCUGACGUGGAUCUCGCCGGCCAUUAUCUCGUUCGUUCCUAUUUUCUGUGGUUGGUAUACGACAGAAGAGCACAAGCACUACCGCAACAACCACCCCGAUGAAUGUCAAUUUGAGGUCAACAAAUUAUACGCCCUCAUUUCAUCAUCGAUAUCCUUUUGGAUCCCUUGUACAAUCAUGAUUUUUACCUACUUAGCAAUUUUCAAAGAAGCCAACCGGCAAGAAAAACAAAUUCACGCACGGAUAGGCAAUCAACUUUUACAAAACCACAAUAGAGAAUUAUAUUCAAAUACUAAUGGAGAUGUAUUAAGCAAUAGCGGCGGUUCGAGCAAAAACUUGACCGUCAAUGAAGUCGGGGCGGUGCAUUCGACCCCGACGAAAGACGGGAGCUUCAUCAAAAUGAAGAGAGAGCACAAAGCAGCCCGAACGUUAGGCAUAAUAAUGGGCACCUUCAUGCUCUGUUGGCUCCCCUUUUUCUUGUGGUACGUGAUCACCUCGAUCUGCGGGGACCCGUGUCACUUCUCGAACGGGGUGGUGGCCGUGUUCUUCUGGAUCGGGUACUCCAACUCGACGCUGAACCCGGUGAUCUACGCCUACUUCAACCGGGACUUCCGGGAGGCCUACCGCAACACCCUCCAGUGCGCCUUCUGCUCCCUCUGCCGGCGGCCGCCCUCCGACCUGGAGGCCCUCGACCGGGACGCUCGCCGCGCCUCCCUCACCUACGCCCCCGCCUCCGGCUACGACGACCGCGAUCGGGCCCGCAGCACCCGGAGCAUCCACUCCGACACCUACUUCAAGCACGUCGACCGCCGCCGCUCCAGCCAGUUCGGCAGCUCCUUAUGAUCCGAGGCCCAGCUCUAAGCCCCCCGCCAACGAGUCUCACACCCGCGCUCAAGCCCGUGUCCCACGAUCAAAUGAACCCAUCAAAUACUCAUCAAAUGUAGAUUCCCUCUAUACUGA